AUGAGAGACACUUUCACUAACUCCAAACCCUCUGCAGAGAGGACUAAAGUCGGGCGGAUGGCUUUAUCAAAGCCAUCACGACAACUCACUCCAACUGAACGAAAGAAGUUCGCUGCAGACUUAGAUAAGGCUGUGUUCUUAUUAGUCACCAAAGCACUUCUGGAGACAACUACAUCAGACAAGGAUAGUGUUUGUCCUUCAUCUCCAAGAGACUCCGACCCCAUUGAUUUUGAAGACAUGUACGAAAUGGUUGUCCAACACGUCAAAGGAAUCCUUGGCUUACAGUUCCCUGACACUGAUAUCCAGACCGCUUAUCCCUUUGUUCUUGAGACAAUCAGAAACUUCAAAAGAUUUGGAUGCGGACGAAUUUCUUAUUGA